UUUAAACGUAACGCUGUCACGAGUCUGUAGGCAGCCUGCGAGGUUUGAAUAGGGAAGUUUACUGAGCGCACAUCUCGCUUUGAGUUCAGUGUUUUCAAAUACAGUGAUCUCAGCGACAGAGGACCUAGAGGACUUUUGAUUGAAAGACAGAGCGACGCUACACUGCCGUUGCAUGUGCACUCAUCAGGAUACUCUUCUGUCAAGACAGCAGUCGUUGUCAUCUUGAUUCCAGAAAGAGACUAUAUUUAAAUUGUUAGGUGAUAUUUAGCCUAGACACUUUUGGGAUUUAAAAUGGAUGUUCUACCAAUGUGCAGCAUUUUCCAGGAGCUUCAGAUUGUUCAUGACACUGGGUAUUUCUCAGCAUUGCCAUCUCUUGAAGAAUAUUGGCAGCAGACAUGCUUGGAGCUGGAGCGCUACCUGCAGAGUGAGCCUUACGUCUCCGCAUCUGACCUCAAGUUUGAGGGUCAGGAGGACCUGUGGAGCAAGUUAAUCCUGGCCUGCGGGGACAAGGCCGAGACAGGAGCUCCCAUCCCCCACCUCCCGGAGGAUGACAAUCAGGAUGGCCACCUUUCAGAGACCAACAGCCUGAACUCCGAUGCCAGCAGCGAAGCCUCAGACAGCUCCGAGGAGCUCUCACCUACGCAUAGCUUUGCGUCCAACCCCCUGGGCUCAGCUAUGGCCGGCUCAGGGCACCUCAGCUCCUCAGUCAUCAGCACGCCACCCUCCUCUCCGGAGGCGGCACAUGAGCUCUGCAGUAACGCUGCCCCCUGGGGGGUGGCACAGACAGAGCUGCACCUGCCCGCCAAGGCGCGCGGCACCACGGCCAAGAACUCUGAGAAGAUGAGCAGCCCCAGCACAGAGGACGCCUCGCCAGACGGGAGGAGGAGGGUGCACCGCUGCCACUUCAAUGGCUGCCGCAAGGUGUACACCAAGAGCUCCCACCUGAAAGCACACCAGCGCACCCACACAGGUGAGAAGCCUUACCGGUGUUCAUGGGAGGGUUGUGAGUGGCGCUUCGCACGGAGCGAUGAGCUGACCCGUCACUUCAGGAAGCACACUGGUGCCAAGCCAUUUAAAUGCAGUCACUGUGACAGGUGUUUCUCCAGGUCCGACCACCUGGCCCUGCACAUGAAGAGGCAUCUCUGAGCGGUUUGGUGAGCUGAAGAGUAAGCCAGGGGAGAACAGCUGAACUAGUGUCGUCUCCUGACCGGCCGCGCGGUUGACCUGCCCCUACCAUGAGGAAGGAAGAGAGAGGGGAGAAAGCGUGAUCCAGCCAAAGCAUGCCAUUUUGCACCUUUACCAGUGCCUCUGGGGGCUCUCUUGGGGAAGGCGUUUCUGACCGGUUGUUGAAAAGAAGAACAGGACAAGACAAGAAAGGAGGACAAAAUCAUGUACUGAAGGAAAGGAUAAAGAGGAGAUGUGCAGGACGUUUUCGAGGAGAGAGAAAAAAUGAAAACAUAAAAAAGACCAAAAAAAUUGUGAGUGAGUGAUGUGUACGUAUGGUGCAUGAUGUUUGGGAGGACUCCUGGACAACCGAAAAACGCUGGUAUUUAAAACAAACACAAACAAAACAAACAAAAAAAUCCAUGAGUGAAGUGAGCAUGUGCGCUGAGUGUUCCUGCGGGACUGUCCUGUGUGUGCAGAGGGGGGAGGGGUCCAGGGGGGUCACUGUGGACUGACGAGUGCUUGUGGUUUUUUUUCCGGGGAAACAAGUUCCGGGUUUGUUUCCUUGUUGUCUCCAGAGAGGCAAACAAGAGAGAGAGAGAGAGAGAGAGAGUGUGUAUGUGCCUGUCAGAGAGUGAGUACUAAGGUUUCUUGCCAAACUCCCCCUGGGGUGUAGGGUGCCCCAUAGAGGAGGUAGUGUGGGAGUUCAGUAUGGGGGAGGGAUGCAACCCCCCCACCCCCAACCUUUUUUCACACGCAAGCACCCAUACAAAAGGGGGAGGCAGAAACACAGGUCUGAAUGAUCGAGGCUUUUUUGGUGUUUGGUGCAGCUACUAAAUGUGCAAUGUGUUAUGUAGCUUGUCUUCACAAGCUGCUGAAGCUCAUUUGUAGUCCAUUGUAUAAGCUGUAUGCUUAGAAAUAUUACACAACUAUUAUUUCAGUAUAACAGACAGCUGUUGCAUGGUUCUUGGGGUUUUCAUUUCUACUCUUACCCUGUUGUUUGUUAUCAGGACUGCAAAAUAGAUUCCAAUAAAGUGCAGCUAAAGAUAAACGGUUAAAUGUUACAAUGUUGUACAUAAGAUGUUUGAUGACUUCUCCUUUUGACUUUCAAAAACCUUUCCCACUAUCACGCACCCUUCCUGCUUCUUUUUGGAGAAACCACUAUUGCUUAGCAACCAUCUCACUCAUGAAGCUUUUUCCCACUUAUCUGUGUCUUCAGGCCUAUUUUCUGGUUCUUUUUUUACUGUUAAUGCACUGUUGGCCUUAAUGGUGCCUUAUGUGAGUGACCUGGCCUAGUGGAGGUGGAGGGGAGGGGGGAGGAGGUCACAUCUAUGUUUGUAUGAGUGAUUUAAAUGCUUUAUUAAGGCUCAAUUUCACAUGAACAUGCACCUUUGCCUUGUCUGUACUGGCAGGUAUUUUUCAAAGCCCAUAUGGGUAUUUUGAAUAUGUUGUUUAUUAUGUUUUGGCAUCUAGAUGUUUUUUUAUUUUCUAGUCAUUUCUUAAUCCACCGAAAUAACUUAAAUCAACUAAAAAGUAAAAAGAAAAUGUGUGAAAAAAAUGCUUCAGUCAUCAUAUAGAGCACUUAAACAUACUUAUUUUAACUGUAUUUACUACCAUGUAGUAUCUACUCAAUGGACUGUAUGCCAUGGUGUUUUUUUCUUUGAAAAACACAUUAAGCAUUUAGGUAAAUUGCUUUGAUUGGUACCAACCCUCCCUUAUUUCUGUAUUAGUAAAGGCAUAGACUGGGCACAUAGAGUCUAUUACUCUGUUAACAGCAGUACCCUGAAAGUGUGUGUUGGCAUCACUGUUAAAGGUUGAGGCCAUAUUCCCCUAUUAGCAAGACAGACAAAAAAAAAACAAAAAAACGCAAAAGAUUUAUUGUAAUUAACAAGCCCCAGCCGGAUAGGCUCUGCCUUGUACUGCAUUUGGGUAAUGAAUGGCUGAAGGCAGUACUGGCAUGGAGUGCGCUGCAGACUGCUGACUCUGGGAGUUGGGUAUUGACCUGUCUGGAUGGCCUGUUUUCAGACUCAGCCCACAGUAUUAUGGAAACAGUGAACAGGGAUCCAGAAAGAUAAAGAUGAAUCACCCUGCCCAUUGGAACUGCCACAAUAGAAAAUGUACAGACAUCAAAUGGAAAAGCUCUGUGCAAAUGCAUCGCAACAGUUCAUCACUGUUGGUAGUACGCGUCUUGUAGAUUUUUUUAAACCUUUGAUAUAUGAAUUUUUUUCACAGGGAAAGGGACCAAAAGCUUAAUAAUCAGUGUAAAUAAAUGCCGUAAACAUAACAUGUAAAACUUAUGUACAGACAAAGAUUUUAGACAGUAGGGAUUGGAUUUUAUGAGACACAUCACAAGUCAAUCUUUUUAUGUGUUAUCAGGGGCAUGCUGUGCUUUGUCGGGGUAGUGGAAUGCCAUGUUGCAGCAGGUUCAGAUGGAUUUUUAGAUCAAGUUGUUUUAUCGAGAGGAUAAGUACAAACUUGAGGAGGCUUGCUGCAAUAAAAUUAGAGAGGCAAGGAUUCAGAGGGCAAAGAAGAGAACAUUCUGUCUUGGGAAGCAGCAGCCAGUAUCAUUCAGGUGACAAUCGAGCCUUAAUCUAGCCUCAUGUCUGCUUGCGAUAUAACUCUUUCUAUCACUAAUUCUCUCUUUCUUUCACAAUCCCCUGUUGUCUAAAUAAUCUUUGUAAAGAGGAAAAAAAUACAAAAAACAUUUUGUAAGAUUUUUUUCUUUGUUUUGCUUUAUAAAAUUUUAUUUGAAAUUGUUUUGCAAAAUUGUUAUAUUUCUGUAUGAAUGUAUUUUUUAUUGGAAUAAUAAGAAGUUCUUAUCAGA